AUGUGUACUAUCUAUUUUUUAUCCACUCUCCUAAACGAAAUAGGCACAGGCAGCACGGGUGCUGCAUCAGUUCCCGGCACUAUAUCCACCCCCGCAUCCACAGUGUCCACACAAAGAGCAUCUACCACUGGUGGUUCAAUGCGACUUCUGGUUCACGCAACUGGCUGGAUUCUACCACUUAUCACCGGGACUGCCCUCUUUUGA